AAGUUGUAAUAAUGCAGAGUGUCAAGUUGUUUUAGACGUUUGUUAGAAGUUUGUUGGAGACAGUAAAAUAGGAAAGACCUACCUACUCUUCACCUACAUCAGAAAGAUGUUUCCUAAGGAGUACAUACCAGCCCAACAUCCUAUGAGAAUGUCGAGCACAAAUGGCAUCCAGAGGUUAAAUACCAUUGCCCUGAUGUGCCUAUUCUCCUUGUGGGAACUAAGAGUGACCUACGUGAUGAUCAGGAGGUCCUGGAGAAACUGAGAGAGCAGAAUCAGACCACAGUCACCAAGCAACAGGGAGCAACCAUGGCAAAGAAGAUAAAGGCUGUUAAAUAUCUUGAGUGUGCUUCAAUCAACAAUGAUGGACUGGAUGAGGAUGUCUAAACUUGAACGUUUGAACGCUCGUGUGACCAAGCUGCUGACUGAAGCGGUGCAGGAGGUUCUGGAGGUGGUGAAGGAGACGGUGUCAGAGUACCAGGAGAAAAGUGCAAGAACACAGAGAGAGAACGAGAGUCUGAAGAGAAGACUGCAGGAGCUUCAGGACAAGAUAACAAACGAGAACAUAGUAGUACCAUUACCAGAAGACAAAGAAGACACACAAAAUCAAGAGCAAGAUUUGGGGCUCCGUUUGUGGCAGAACUCAGAACUGCCUCUCACAGAGCAAAAAUCGCUAAGCAGACACAAACCUGACCAUGACAUGAAGCAGGAUUUGAAACAACAGGAGAGCUACAAUAACACUGAAUCACAAGCUGAGUGCAACUUGGUACAAACAACAGAACAUUGCAAAGCACAACUAGAGGAGGUGACACACAUUAUUGAGGAGGCAAUGACAGUCUACACAUCACACAGUGCAAACAGGGACAUCAGUGCUGUCUCAUCCAAUAAUGCGUGCACCUCUCACUCCAGCAUCUCACUUGGGGUAAACCUGGCUGUUAUCAAAAGAGAGCCAGAACCUACAGACUGCACAACAUCAGAACCACCAUCUCUUCAAGAACAAUAUAGUGGAUGUGUGGAUUUAAGCUGCAACUCUUCUCGUCACAACUCUGCUGAGACGCACAGGCCACAAGUCAGUGCUGAGCCUUGUGGACUUGUCUUUGUCCACUCAAAUCAUGCCAUGCCUAGGAGGCAUGGAUUUGCGAAAACCAACAGGGCUGGAUUUGACGGGAGAAAAAUGAGGAUAGAGCACCUCAGGAGAGACGACUCACACUCGUGUGUUGUAUGUGGAAAGACGUUCAGCAGGGUCGGGAACUUGAGAAUCCACCAGCGUUGUCAUACAGGAGAGAAGCCGUAUGGCUGCAUACAGUGCGGGAGGCGCUUCAGUCAGGCAGGAGACCUGAAAAAACACAAGAGGGUCCACACAGGGGAGAAACCGUAUUACUGCAACCAGUGUGGAAAGAGCUUCAGUCGGGGGGAGAAUCUGAAGAGACACCAGAAGAUCCACAUUGGAGAGAUCUUACAACUACAGCAAGUGUGGAGGGAGCAACAGCAAUGAUUAUUAUACUAUACUGACUGCAAAUCAGUAAAAUCAACACACUUACUUUGUGGAGAAUUUGUGAAGGAUAAUUUUUGGUCUGUGUUCUUAGUUUAAGAAAUAGUUGAGGGGAUUUAAAUUGUAAGCUACAGAGCUAGAGAAGAAAGGCUAGUCUCUUGUAGCUCAUUGGGAAUUGUUACAAGGAGUUACUUGCUGUUCUGGUGUAGCCAGUUGUGUGCUACUUGCGCUGGCCUAUUUGUCCCUCUGAUCAUGAUGGAACAGGGCUGUAGAACUAAACCAAAGAGACUAAAGCUUUACAGAUAGAGAUACACUGAUAUAAAGGCAGACUAUCAAUAUCUGAAUUGAUAUCUGUCUAAUAUUAUUUUUGACCAACAAGAUUGUCAAUUGUGGAAUUUUAACGAAUGCAGCAGUUAAAUUAGCAAAAGAACAGAAGAAAGAAAUAUACUUCAAAAGUCCUGCACACCCAUGAUACAUUCAUACAGGUGAUUUCAAUUAUUUGGCUGAUUAGAUGUCCUGUCAGGACAGAAUCGCAUACUAAUGUACUCUUACUCAGAUUGAGUAUGUAGUGCGUUCAGCUGCGUAGUAUGUGAAUUUUGUGUAUGCGAGAAUUGCCCAGAUGUAUACUAGAUGAGCAAGAAUUUCUGAGUGUGAGCCGUGAGGCAUGAGCAAAUUGCAAAUUUCAGCACCUCCAGUUGUCGAAAUAAUUUUAUUAAAGUGCAUAACAUUAUCAGCAAUGUGUAAGACAAUAUCGAAGGGAAACUUUUAGACAUUGACAUUUGCUUGAAAAGAGCCAUAUUGGUGAAUCUCUACUUUGCUGUAACACUUAUUGUAUUGAUUUUGGACUAAACAGAUUUCUAUCCAGUCAGCCUUUGGUCUAAAGAGCAGGUUUAGAGAUUGUAAGGUGACAGUGUGUUAUAUAGUGCAACACCUAUUUUGGUCAUGUACAGAAUGAGUUCUCUCGUGUUUAAACAAGUAAAUUCUGAAGACACUUUUAAAAAUCUGAAAAGCAUGAUUGUCAUUAAAAUUGCCAGAUUUUCCAGACUGAUUAAAGCUUGCUGUGUGCCGGA